UCGAUGUAACCAGAACUUUCCAACUUGGACUUGGUAAUCGACAGCAAGUCUCUACGAAGUCGUCUCACUGUUACUGUAGUAGUUAUUUCCAGAGCCUUCCACUCCCUUCUCUUACGUCACGAAAUGUAUUGUAUAAAUAGGUAGCUCUCCCACCAGCUGCAAUGGGAUAUUUAUUAGUGCAGGACAGUUUGAAUUAUGCAGGUAGCUUAUCCAGUGGUUCAAAAUAUGUUCAGCGGCGAUCCACUACCCCCAGGCUGGGAAGUUAAAAUCGACCCUCAUACUGGAUGGCCUUUCUUUGUGGAUCACAAUAACAGGACUACUACUUGGAAUGACCCUAGGAGAGUUAUAGAUGAGAUUAGAAAGAUAUCACCCAAUGGACCUUCACAGAUGUCUCCUCCUUCAUCCCAGGAGAUACAUAGGCAACCAGAUGUAGACUCGAAUGUUGCAUAUCCUAAUCUUCGGCCAGGCUAUAUAUCUAUUCCUGUCAUCUAUGAGAAUGCAGAUGCAAGGCAACAAUAUGUACACCCAGCCAGUAUGCAGAAAACUGAACCCAGGGCCACUGUUUUACAAACAGCAAGGCCUGAGUCACCAUUACGGACCUAUAUGCAGCCUUCUUGUCCCAGCAGAGCCCCCACUGAAAGUUCAGAUGCAGAACUUGGUGGAGAAGCAACAACUGCAGUAAGCCAGUCAUCCUCACCGCAAACAUAUGAGCAUUAUCCUGAAAAUGUAUCAAGCUAUCGGACAAGCCCAUCUCAGCAGACAAGCAGGCCCAGUAGCAUGGGCAGCCCCUCCCUUCUCCCUGGCUAUAUCUCUAUUCCAGUGAUCCACGAACAGUCACAAACCAGGCAGCCCUCACAGUUCUUCCACCAAACACAGAAGAAGCACUACCCACCACAGCAGAGUCCGCACGUAACAGCCCAUCAGCCAGUCUUUCAUAAAAUUCAGUCCGAUGUUGCUGAUCAGCUGCCAAGACGAUCUCAGUCCCCAUUGCGACCAGCUCAGAAAGCCUCUUCCAGUCGUGAAAGUUCUCCAGCUAGAGUUAGCUCACCACGUCCGUCACAAAGUCCUGUACAAGUUCAGGUUUCACCUCAUCAGAUUCAACAGCCUCAGGAAACAUCACCCAAAGUUCAGCCAGAGCCUAAGACAAAUUCUUCUGAAAAAUAUAUUCCUAUUAAUGUAAUUCAGAUGGAAGCUGAUGCUAAGCCUCAGGUUCAAAAAACACACCCUGGUGUACAGAAUAUUCAAAAGAAGGUUUGGUGUCCUGCCAGAAGUACUCCUCAAGAUGAAAAGUGUGUCAUUGAGGAUCCUGCAGCACAAAAGCCUGUUCAAGAGGAACCUGCACCACCUAUACCUGUAGACGUUCCUUCACAGAAAACUCUUCCCACAGAUGUUCCUUCACAGAAACCUCUUUCUGCAAAUUCUGUGCAACAGAAACCUCUCCUCACAAAAGCUCCACCACAGAAACAUAUCCCAGAUGAAGCUGCACCAGAGAAACCUCUUCCUGCUGAAGGUGCAUCACAAAGACCUGGUCCCACGACUGCUCCAUUUCAGAUGCCUCUUCCUGCGGAAGCUUCAUCACAAAAACCUCUUCCUACAGAAGCUCCAUCACAGAAACCCAGUAACCUGCAGGAGCCAUCUCCACAUCCUGGUUUAAGAAAAAUUCAGAGUAUUGCACAUAAGGUACAACAACUUGAAAAAGAGGUUGAUGCCUUUAAAGGCAUGAAAAAUUGCAAAAAAUAUUUGAUUCUUGAAGAAGAAUUGACUAAAGAGCUACUUGCUCUGGACUCUGUGGACCCAGAAGGUAAUGCUGAUGUGAGACUGUCAAGAAAGGAUGGUGUUAGGAAGGUGCAGAGUAUUUUGGAAAAACUCGAAGAAAAAGGUACUGAAAGUGAAGAGUGUUUGGAACAUCAGGAAAAUGAAGCAGAAACUGCAGAGCAGAUACAAGAAAGAAUGGAUACUGAGAGUUUGUCGGACAGAGACAAUAAGCCUCCCGACAGUAUGGAGAUUGAUACCAUGUCAGACAGUGGCAACAAAGCAAUGCAUACCAGUAAUAAACCAGACCACCGGAAGUCAGAGACCCACACAUCUAGUGGGGAUGCUAAUACUGUGAGCAGAUUUACCAGUUUAACAAACACAUCGACUAGUAAUGUGGAACCUUAGCUUAAACAACAUAAAUUUCUGGUUCACAGAAGUUUUACACAGUUUAAUUUAAAUGACGUUUACAUUGCAUGCCUUAAGAUUUUCACCUGUUGAGUUAACAUCAUUUUGGAUUCGGACCGUUUGUUCUCUUAUGCAAUCAUCUCAGCACUGAGGGGUUCUGUAUCAGAUUGAUUCAGUGACCUGGGUUUCUCUACUUCCAUCUGAACACAGCAGAAUAAGUGGUGCUAGACUUUGCUACAGUAUCAAGUAGCACUGUUUGAUUAAAGUCCAUGUGUAGUUUUGUUUCUGUUAUCACUUACCUACAACAUUACUGUUUCCUAAUGUUUGGUCACAGACCGUGCACAAGUCUUUCGAGACUAAUGCUAAAUGCAUCUCCUGACCUCAAAGUUUUGUGUGUCAUUUGAUGUAUUCAGUGCAGUAUUAUCUAAAGGAUUCUUUGAUCCUGCAUAGUGCUUAUUGAGAUUAGGACAGAUGUUGAAUUCCUCAUGUAGUUUGGCAUGCACUUAGGAGUGUUCAUACUUCUGUUGUGAGUACAUGUCAGAACUGACACAUAAUCAGUAUGGAGGCAGUACAAAGAAUGCAUCAGGUCCCAGAUGUAUGCAGUGAAGGGAGGAAAGUAGCCAUGAGUUUAAUAAGAAUUGUCAAUUACCUGCAAGUAUGAACAAGCUGAAAAUGAGAAUUUUUUUUUAUGUCCAAAGGACAUAUAGUGAAAUUAGAUGUCUGGACAUUUAGUAGAGUUAAGUAUGUGAUUGCCUCUCAUUUUAGCUGGAAGGAUGGAGUUUCUAAAAGCAGGACAAGAAUGCUUUAUGUAACCAAGUGCACUGAAAGAGAGGCAGGUGUAAUAAAUCUCAAAUGAGAUAGAAUGGACUUGAAAUGUGUCACACUAGGUUAGCUUCACAUUCUUUUUCUUAUAAAAAUGCAGUGUUUUGUGUAUUUCAGGGUUUUGUGGUGCCUUUUUUUAUGAAUUUGUAAGUUUAGUUUGGAAUUAUGUCAAGCAACAGUUUGCUGCAUCUGGCUGUAUCAAAAGCACACUGCAGUACCUGUAGUAGGCAGCUCAUUUCAGUGCUAGCUUAAGGACCAUAUGACUUAAUUGAGGGUGUACAAGGACGUGGUGUAAGAGUGCUGCUGAUCAGUCAGACAGCCUUAAAGGACACGUAGCCUUACUGUAAAAACAGCAUUUGUGGGAAGGAUAUCAAGUUAAAGUACCCAUUAUGCCAGGAAUACCAGCUCAUAUUGAUAAAAAGAGCAUUAUUGACAUGGACUGUAGGAAGUAAUGUUUUAAGAAGUACCUCUGGAAUGGCUGUGGUGAGCAGAUGAAUGAAUGUGGUCUGUUGUGUACUGUUUCUCAUCAUAUACUAGAUCAUCCAUUAUAUGAUGUGAAUGUGCAACUCAUUUUUGGAAGGGUAAUGUUUUCAGGGUAUGUGCUAGGUCAGCAUAUCCCAAAGAGCAAAGAUAUAUGAACCUGCUUUAAAGUUUCUGAUUUGGGUAAGAUACAUACAUUAUGCCAGUUUCAUAAAUUAGAACGGUCUUAAAACUUCUGUAGUGCCUGUGCUUUCAGAAGGAGAAAUGUGGUAGAAGGGUUUCAUUUCCUAGGCUUUCUGUGAAGCUCAGUGACACUUUCCUGCUAAGCUAAUGGGCUUAGUCAUUAAGUAUCAAAGCCCAGGCAAUUAGAAGGGGAAAUGAGGUGGAAGGAUUUCAGCCCAGGCUUCCUUUGAAGCACAGUUGCAGUUUGCUGGUGAAUUGAUAUGAAUAUUGAAUUUAAGUAUCAAAGAUCAAGGGUGAGAAUAAACAGCUUUGUGAAGGAGCAUGGCAACAGCAUUUACAGCACUUUUUUGCUAACAAAUAGUUAGUGACUCAGCAUGAGAGUUCCAAACAAAGCCGUCGUGAGUUAGUCAUCCAUUUCUCCAUUCUUCAAUGAGCCACAAAGCAGCCCGGUGUGGAUACAUGAGGAUUAGGGCAUGGUUUUAGGAUCAGUUCAACAUGUGGCUUGCUGAAUUUUUUAUUUUAAUAAACAUGAAUUAAUAGAACUAAUGCCACAUAUUUGUUAUAGUUACCCAGGGCAGUUAUAGCAACAAUGCACAAUUUAUAAAUGUGCACCACUCUAGAAAGUGUUGGCUAAUAUGCUAUACAGCUUUAUAUGCAACACCACCACAAGGCUGCCUGCACAGAGGCUCACUAUAGUCAAAUACAAAUCUUACAUUGCAUGUAUGUCCGGAGCUUUGAGCCACAGGGUGCUGUACUUUGCAAGCCCAGGUUUCUGAAUUGUAAUAUACCAUGUUGCAUUGUUUAACCACAAGUACCCUUUAUGGUUAAGCAUACCAUUUUCUGAUUAGGAUCUCAGAAAUGAAUUCCUUGAAAUUUAUUGAUUGCGUUCACUUAUCAUGAAUGUCAGUUCUGGAUCUCAGAAUCUUAAUGAGGUUUACCAUACAUAAAGACCUGACUUUAAAAAGCCAGUCACACAUUGUUAGUUUUAUAGUUGUCUCUUUGUUUAGUCAUAUGCUUCUUUCUCUUAUUUUUUAAUGUAUUUGUUGCAUAUUCUUAAUUUGAUAAUGUGGUAUUCUGCCUUGUUCCACCCUUUCUUAACAUUGUCACUGUAACAGCAGUUUCAUUUUGGUUUGUAAAAUAAACAGACAAAACAGUGUGCAGUAAGUCCUAAGAGUAUGUAUAUGUGUGAAGAGCUUGUUUACAGAAGUUUGAUAAUAAUAAAAAAGUAAGUACAGUAAA